CCGUUGCCUAAAUUAUAUGCUGAGUUGGCCGCGUGUUUUGCCAGAACCUUCGUUUUGUGUAGAAAUCGAGUUUCUGGCCUCUUGAGUUUGCUGCCGUAAGCCUCAGCAUUGACUUAACGAAAUAGCUUCCCGCUCAAAGCACCCGCGUUGCCCUGCGUUGAAGCACAGCAGUCCAGAUGCCAGGGAGAGUUGCAGACGACGAAGACGAUGACUUGCUUGAAGAUGAACUUCCCGAGGAGGACCAAUUCGGGCGCAUGCGGUACUUGGACCUGUGCCGGGAGAUGGGCAUCAGCCCCGCCUCGCAAAUCCUAAAGUACUUGGAGUCUGAGGCAAUGCACGUCGUCCACUACGGCCUGGGUCUGAAGGGCGUCAAAGCGCUGGCUGGCGCACUGCGCAUCAACCAGAACGUGACGGUGCUGCGGCUGGCCGACAACGCCAUCCCGGACGAGGGCGUGGCGGAGCUGAUGCGCACACUGCUGGACAACACCAGCAUCACGCUGCUGGACAUCUCCGGCAACCGCAUGGGGCCGGUGGGCAGCAAGGCGCUGGCGGACCUGCUGGUGUCGCGGAACACUGUGCUGCGCACGCUGGCGCUAGCCAACAUGAAGCUGGGCGACCGCGAGGGCGUGCUGGUGGGCAACUGCCUGGAGAACAACACCUCGCUGCGCAGCCUGGACAUCUCCUCCAACGACCUUGGCGAGAAGACGGCGCACACGCUGGGGCAGGUGCUCAUGGUUAACCUGGGGCUGACCGACCUCAACCUGUCCUGGAACAAGCUGCGGCCGCGCGGCGUGGCGCACCUGUCCGAGGGCCUCAAGCCCAACCUAACGCUACAGGUGCUCGGGUUAGGCUGGUGCGGGCUGCAGGACAUUGGGGCGACAACCUUCGGUGUCGCCCUUAAAACCAAUCAGGGUCUGGUGGAUGUGGACCUGUCGGGCAACCAGAUUACACUGGAGGGUGUGCGUGCACUGUCGGAAGGCAUCGCCACGUCCGUGACGCUGGCAGGCAUCCGCAUGGACAAUAAUGACCUGCGGGAGGAGGGCGGCAAGGAGCUGCUGCAAGCGGUGGACCGCAACAAGGGCCUGGUGGUGUGCAGCAUGGAGAACACGAACACGUCCGAACAGAUCCGGCUAGCCAUGGAGGCGCUACUGGAGCCACGCCGGAAGCUGCGCGACAAACUGCACGCCGCGCAGCUGCACCAAGCGGCGUAGGUUUGUAACAUCACCCGAGCGGCGACGGCAUGUAGGUUAGUGCGGCUGAACGGCAUGGGUCGGCCGUCACGUAUGCAGGCCGCUGCAACAGCGGCACGGUCGCAGGCCCACGUUGUGGCACGCAGCAAGGAAUAGCGCAAGAACCCUAGCGUGUGCGGGCUUGGCUGGAGCUGGAUGAGGGAAUAGUGUAGACAGGAAGACGGGCUUGUGUCAUCGCGGGGCAUUGAUGGUUGCUGGAUGCUGAUGUAUGGGACCUGGAGCACUUUAAUGCACUGCCAUUCGUUGAUUAUUGUGCUGACACCAUAGAAGCUGCUUGAGCAGGUGGGCACGAGAGCCACGAGAGCUACGCCAGGCACAUACCGUUUGUGUAAAGGCGCGUUUCCAUGGUGGCGGUCAGGGAUAUAUGGGGAGUUGAGCAAGACUCCGUGCGUGUGCCACUAGUGGUACCAGACACCAGUGAGAGGAGGUGCGUGUUAAGGAUGAGUUCAGGUUGGUACAAGAUACUCGUGAGAAACUGAGGACACCUCGGGGCUCGGAACACGUGCCGGGUAGGGGCCUCCCUGGUGCUGGGAGGCACGCUCAAACUGCUGCGUGUCGGUGUGGCAGGGCUUGGACUAGCGGGACCCCGGCGAGGCCCCAGCGGGAGGAGUCCCGUUGGCAGGACAAGCAUUCUGUGCAUUCCCUGUAAUCUGUAACCUCUACCCCAA